CUUCGGACGAUGAGUGGACCAUUCUGGAGCGAGUGGUUCGGGUGCUGGCGGAGGAAGGGUACCUCGGCCCAACGAUCGACCAGAAACCGGUGGUGGAGUUUGAGUAUCCGGAAGCCUUGAAGAAACUUAUUCAUUUCCCGAUGGACGACCCGACGCCCAGCAGUGCCGACACGAUCGAGCGAAUCAUCCGCCAAGUGUUACACUAUUCUGUGCGCACCGGCCAUCGGCACUUCCACAAUCAACUGUUUGCGGGAGUAGAUCCGUACGGUCUCACGGGAAGCUGGAUAACGGAGGCGCUUAACACCAGCCAGUACACGUUCGAAGUUGGACCAACUUUUACGCUAAUCGAAGAUGCAGUGAUCGAGAAAUGUUUGCAAUUGUUUGGGUUCGGUGAAGGCGAUGGAAUUCUCUGCCCUGGAGGAUCGAUGUCCAAUAUGUAUGCGAUGGUAGCGGCCCGCUACCGGAAGGUACCGAACGUGAAGAGCAUCGGUUUGACGAACCUUCCGGAGCCUUUGGUUGUUUUUACCUCGGAGGAUGCCCACUACAGCAUCACGAAGGGUGUACAUUGGCUCGGAAUCGGGUUGGACAAUUUGGUGAAGGUUAAAACCGACCAUCGAGGGCGUAUGAUCGCGCAGGAACUGGAAGCCUCCAUCGAAUCGGUUCUCGCUUCCGGUCGCAAACCUUUCUUCGUCAAUGCCACGGCCGGAACGACGGUGUUGGGUGCGUUCGAUGAUUUUCAGCAGGUGGCUGACGUCUGCGAACGGUACGGAUUGUGGUUGCACAUUGACGCUUGCCUCGGUGGGACAGCGAUCCUUUCGCAGCGCCACAGACACCUCCUACGAGGAGCCGAUCGGGCGCAAUCACUUGCCUGGAAUCCACACAAGACGCUCGGUGCUCCACUGCAGUGCUCGAUCUUUCUGGUCAAGGAACGAGGGCUACUGCACGAAUGUAACGCCGCCAAGGCGGACUAUCUCUUCCAGCAGGACAAGUUCUACGACAUCUCCUACGACACCGGGGACAAGAGUGUCCAAUGUGGCCGAAAAGUGGACGCUUUCAAGUUUUGGCUCAUGUACAAGGCACGUGGCCAGCAGGGUUUGGAGGCGCUCGUGAACAAUGCGUUCGAUUGUGCUGGAAUGCUGCACGCGGAAGUGAUCCGAAGGGAUGGUUUCCGCCCAGUGCUGGAGGAGUGCCAGUACACGAACAUAAGCUUCUGGUACGUUCCGAGCUGGUUGAGGGUUGGGCAGCCGGAACAGGAAACACCCGAAUGGUGGCAACGGUUGUACACGGUUACGGCGGACAUCAAGGAACGAAUGGUUAAACGAGGAACGACUCUGAUCGGUUACGUGCCAUUGUUACACAAAGGCAUUGGGAACUUUUUCCGCAUGGUGGUUACCUGCCAUCCGAGGCCAUCCUACGCAUCGAUGAUGUUUAUCAUCGAGGAGAUCGAACGUGUCGGUGAAGAGCUUCCACGUGCAGUGUGAUUACAGGAAACAGGUUUUUGUAAACAUCUAGAAGAAUCAAUCGGAUAAUAAAUCAUAUAAAGAAGCCACUAGAA